GGCUGGUACUUUGCCACCAAAAUGUUCUUCUCCUUGUCAUCUCGUGUGGAAGCAAGGCAGCAAGAUGAUGUUGAGGAGAUCAUAGAGGCAAUGUCUAGCUACAUGAUGUUCCUCCUUGUUGAACGUCCCCACAUGCUACCUAGCCCGGUUAGCCCGGGAUUGUGUGCCAAUGCAGAAGCAACAUAUGUGAGGCUUGGUUUGUCUGGCGUGAAGGAUCUUAUUGAACGCAUCAGAGAACACAGCAGAAGAAGGGAGGCACUGCUCAGAAGAAGGAAGCACAUGGAAACACUAUAUCGGAAUCAGCACAUGGAUGGGCUGGAGGAGCGGAGCAUAAGAAGGGAGGAGCUUGACACAACAAAUGAGCUGGACAGAAGAAUAGAGGAGCUGUACACAAGGGAGGAUCUGUUGGAGCAGGACAGAAGAAGGGAGGAUCAGUCCGUCGUAUCCCGUGGAGCGGAGCUUGCUGGAAGGCUGCUAGACAUGGAGGCACGGGGCGAGCAGGAGGUGCGGCAGGUGGUACUUGGGGUGUGGGUGGAGAUGCUCUGCUAUGCGGCGCACCACUGCAACAGGGAUUCCCAUGCCAGUCAGCUCAACAGUGGUGGUGAGUUCAUUACCAUCGUCUGGCUCCUAUCAGCUGCCAUGUUCAAUUCCCGAUACUGUGACCAGCCCUGGUUUGUGGAGCACGUGCAGGACUUCUUCAGGUCACCAUUACCAGUCCAGGACAAGUCCGGGUGGUUCCGCGGGAUACUCUUUUGCUGCCGCAAGAGGGAGAGAUCGGUUACUGUUUGA